AUGCAGCAUCAAGGGUUCCUCGUUCGGGGGUUCUCGAGCACCUUUGCCCGCAGUGCCAUCAACAAGGUCGUGCCGUCUGCCGAGGAUGCCAUCAAGGAUAUGAAAUCCGACUCGACGCUGCUGGCGGGAGGCUUUGGGCUCUGCGGCGUGCCCGACACGCUCAUCAACGCUGUGCACAACAACCCGAAGAUCACGGGCCUCACGGCCGUCAGCAACAAUGCCGGUGUCGACGGGGCCGGGCUGGGCCUGCUGCUGGCGAGCGGGCAGAUCAAGAAGAUGAUCGCGAGCUACGUCGGCGAGAACAAGACGUUUGAGCGCAUGUACCUCUCCGGACAGAUUGACCUGGAGCUGACGCCGCAGGGCACCUUGGCCGAGCGGUGCCGUGCUGGCGGCGCUGGGAUUCCAGCCUUUUACACGCCGGCGGCCUUUGGCACGGUUGUCCAGACCGGCGAGCUCCCGCUGAGGAACAACGCCGAUGGCACGGUGGCGCUGUACGGCACGCCGCGCGACGUCAAGGUGUUUGACGGCAAGAGCUACGUGAUGGAGGAGUCGAUCAAGGGCGACUACGCCUUCGUCAAGGCCUGGAAGGCCGACAAGCUGGGCAACUGCCAGUUCCGCUUUGCGGCGCAAAACUUCAACGGCGCCAUGGGCCGCAACGCCAAAAUGACCAUUGUCGAGGCGGAGCACAUCGUCGAGGUCGGCGAAAUCGAUCCGGCGUCGGUGCACCUGCCGGGCAUCUACGUCAAGCGGGUCAUCCAGAGCACCACCGAGAAGAAGAUUGAAAAGUACACGUUCGCCAAGGAGGGCGACGAGGCCGACAUGUCUGCGCUGGGCAAGGGAGACACGGCCAACAAGCGGGAGCGCAUCGUGCGCCGCGCGGCCAAGGAGUUCAAGAACGGCAUGUAUGCCAACCUGGGCAUUGGGAUGCCGAUGCUGGCGCCCAACUUUGUCGACCCGUCCGUCGAGGUGCAGCUGCAGUCCGAGAACGGCAUUCUCGGUCUCGGCCCGUAUCCCAAGAAGGGCCUGGAGGAUGCGGAUCUGAUCAAUGCCGGCAAGGAGACCGUCACGCUGCUGCCCGGCGCAUCGUGCUUUGGCAGCGAUGAGUCCUUUGGCAUGAUCCGAUCGGGACGCAUCGAGCUGACCAUGUUGGGCGCGAUGCAAGUGAGCGCCAAGGGCGAUUUGGCCAACUGGAUGCUGCCCGGCAAGAUCAAGGGAUUCGGCGGCGCCAUGGAUCUCGUCUCGAACCCGUCCAAGACCAGGGUCGUGGUCACCAUGGAGCACACGGACAAGAAAGGAAACCCCAAGAUUCUCAAGCAGUGCGAGUUCCCUCUGACGGGCCGAGCGUGCGUGAGCAGAAUCAUCACCGAGCUCUGCGUGUUCGACGUCGACUUCACCAACGGCUUGACUCUGAUCGAGCUGGCGGACGGCGUGACGGUCGACGAGGUGCGCGCAAAGACAGAGGCGCCUUUCAAGGUUGCCGACGACGUGAAGCCCAUGCUUUGA